AUGCCUGGGGUAUCGAGGACUCAAAGGGCGGAAGCAAAGUAUAACGUGGUGACAGAGUUCCCCCAUCUUGGACUGCACUCUGCAGCAGCGACCGGUAACGUUGGCUUGGUGAAGUAUGCUCUCGACCACGGACAGCCCAUUAAUUCUGUUCUCGACGGCGUCCUUCCUCUGCAUGCAGCAUGUUCUGGUGGCAACGAUAUCGUGGUCAGGUUGCUCAUCGAGAAAGGGGCUGAUGUGAACGCACCGAGGUUACCCCGACGGUUCUCUAGUGACAGGAACGGUGACGCAUCUGCUCCUAUUGUCGGUGGCUCCGGUUCAACGCCCUUGCACUUCGCGUGCGCGAACGGACACACCAACAUCGUCCUCACCUUGCUCCUCCAUGGCGCACACCCAGAUCGUCCGGACAAGCAUGGUGUUACCCCUGAAAUGGUUGCCCGUCAGAAUGGGUGGGUCACUUGUGGAGACCUGCUCAAGCAGUGGUCGCAGGACAAGGACAGGGAUUUGAGGGAGAGGGAGGUCAACAGUGUGGGCAACGAGGAGCCCGAGGAUCGUCAUCAUUUUUGCGCUGCUAGCGAUUGCCAGACGUGCGGCAUGUCAGCGCGGUUGCGCGUAAAGCGUUCCAUCGACAAUGCGCUGACCAUCUUGAGGCCGUCGUUGUCCCAAGCUCCCUCGGUUUCUCCUGCACAGGAGGGCUCAGAGCCCGGCGAAUCGCCAUUGCCAAAGGCUGAUACACUUAUUAAUCAGCCGAAGUCUGGCGCACAAGAAGGAUACCCUCCUCGUCGUCCGUCCCUUCCCCAUGUGUUCGACUCGCUGCACGGUCCCCAGAGCUUGCACACUCAUUCUCAGAGUUCUCUCACGCAUCCAUUUCGCACAAGUGGAGGCACCAGCACUGGGCGACCCAAAUCAGCAGGAACGGAUGCCGAACAAUCUCCUAGCUCCUCGCACAAACUGAAGGGCAAGAUCUCACUACUCAGUAUUUUCAAGAAGAGCAUCAGUGACAGCCCCGGAACACCGGAGAGUUUUUCGGGAUACAGCUCUUCUAAUUCGGCUAUGACCUCGCAGUCUGCAUCUCCUGCACCCGAUCAACGUAGAGAGUUCACUGCAAGGUCAUCUUCCCACAGCCGAGUGUCUGCAUCUCCAGACAAACCUUCCGCUGAUGUUGGUCCAGUAGGCAAGUUCCGAAAUCGGUUGUGUAGCGAGAGCCAGUCAAACGAUCCAGCGCGACUCGGGCGCGCCGUGGCGCUCCACCAUGCGCUGUCGAAUGACCAUAUGAGGUCGCGAUCAAGCUCGGGCGCGGGUAUUAACGAUAGCGGGGAUAUAGGAACGAGUCUCCCGUCAUUUCCGAGAGGUCCUCCAGUUCGUCCUGGGAUUUUACUACCGCACCAUCGCUCGUCAUCCUCUGGCCAGUCUCAGGCGGACAGCUAUCGUGCGAGUCCCAACAGCCAGCCAUCAUUGCGUGCCCUCAGGUUUGAUUCCAGCUCUACCACAGCUUCUAAUCAUUCUCGGGGGAACAGUCGUCGUCGGCAUGCCAGCCGCAGUCCUGCUGGAGGAAUAAGAAGAAGUGAUAGCAUUGGCUCGGUUCUAAGCGACGGCGUGUCCAGCAAUCUUGACAGGGGCGGCUAUACCCUUGCACCUUUCCUUACUGCUGAGCCUGAGGAUGUGCGUGGCGAAGACAUGGAGAAAGAAGACGAGGAACAGUAUGGCGAACCUAUACGCUCUAAGGGUUUGGAUCGCAAUCCUCGCUUGACCGAGCUGCGCCUGCAGGAGCCAUUGGUCCUUUCUUUGGAUUCGCUGUCGCCUCUACCCUCUCCCGACAUGCCUAAGUCCGGCUUUGAGUGCCCUUUCAGCAUCAAUUCUCCGCCUCCUGUUGAUUCAGAUCCAACCCCUCAUCCGGACGCUUCGGGAAUACAUGGAACUGAGCAGAGGCUGCGCGGCGAUUCUGUGAGCAGCACGAGCACUUCUGGAAGUGUUAACCCACCUACUAGCUCAAGUGGUUACGUGACGACACCCUCCUUGUCCAUAUCUCCACUUCCAGGACCGCGGAUAUUGUCACCCCCUUCCAUCGCAUCAGAGACCAUCGCGUCUAUAAACGUACCCACCGAUGUAUUGGAUAAGGAUGGCGAUGAAGUCGCAGAGCCACUAACUGAAGAUGUGGAGACGCCGUUUACCUCCCGAGGUCCACGGGCACCACUGGAUAUCGAUAUUCGCUCGAUAUCAUCGCACGCACAAGCGGAAGCGCUGGUGCAACGUGCCCAGAAGAGCAUUUUGGAGAUGGAUGACCUUGUCAGUGACCUGCAAUCACUAGGAGGUAUCGUAGGGUCCGGGCGGUCGCCACUGAGUGCAAAGCUGGCUGCAUAUGGUGAGACUCUGGCAAUCGAGAGGAAGUUCAAGAAGGAAGAGCAGGAGAAGCUGAGGACGCCUUCGACUAUCCCGUCUACCUCCCUUAGUCUGGAUCGCGGUUUCGAGACAAUGCAAGGAAAUCAUCUUGAUGGAGCUUCCAGCAGUUCUACUUCAAAAGGAUUGGAUCGAAAAUAUAGCUUGGAGGAGAGAUCUGACCGCAGUCGCUCGGUUAGGUCCAGGAGAGUGAAGAGGCCUCACACCAGUGGUGGGACCCCAUCGUCGGAGAUAUUGUUUUCUUCUCCCAUCAAUGGCACUUCUACUUCCGCACAUCGUCAGUCCACUUCCCCUCAGAUCACUCUCACGACAAGUCCAUCGGAAAGCAGUCUACUUUCCGGUGAUCGUACGGCGUCCAUUACGCCACCGAAGACAAUGCAUCUGCAUGCGAAGUCAGAAUCGCGUGCCAGAUCACGUCCAAGGAUGGUUCGGUCACGUACCCCUGAUCCAGGCUACGAAAGUGUUCACCCCACCACGUCCUAUCCUGUGGAAACCAUUCCACUGUCUCGAGUCUCGACUGCUCCUGAGCACGAUUUCAUGCCUAGCAUGAGUACCCAGGAACGCCAGGUUGCGCGCGCGAACAAGCUUGUAAAAAUGGGCUUCUCGUCGCAGGACUGGCAGAACGCGACGAGCAGUUACUCGCGUACACAGACGGGCCACAAACAUCGUUUCGGGGGCAUCAGGACUUUUGUGCAAAACUUAAAGUCAAAGUCAUAA